AUGGAUUCGUGGGAUGAAGAGUCUACGGAUUACAUGAAUAACAACGGCGAAAUGGCCAAGCCUACGGACUUUUAUCUAGGCUUAAGCUUAGCCAUUGCUUCGAGUGCCUUUAUUGGUGCAAGUUUUAUCAUUAAAAAGAAGGCAUUGAUCAAAUUACAAAAAUAUGGAGGCCUCAGGGCUGGUGCAGGUGGUUUUGGUUAUUUAAGAGAGCUGGUGUGGUGGGCUGGCUUAUUGUCAAUGGGAAUCGGUGAGGCAGCUAAUUUUGCAGCUUAUGCAUUUUCACCUGCAACUCUUGUCACACCACUUGGCGCACUGAGUGUUUUGGUAUCAGCUAUUUUGGCAUCAAAGUUUCUCAAUGAACAUUUAAAUUUACUUGGAAAGAUCGGCUGUUUUUUAUGUAUGCUGGGCUCGACUGUUUUAGUUAUACACUCACCAAAAGAGGAGGAAAUCUCCACUAUGGAAAAUUUGGCUGCAAAGAUGCAAGAUUUUUCAUUCAUAAUUUAUACUCUUUGUGUAUUAACAGCGUGCAUAUCGAUAAUUUUUUACUUUGGUCCGCGUUAUGGCAAAAAUAAUAUCAUAGUGUACAUCUUAUUGUGUUCAUCAUGUGGCUCCUUGACGGUUAUGUGCUGCAAAGGCAUUGGAAUAUCGUUAAGGGAAUCCAUCGACGGAAAAAAUGAAAUGGGUAACUGGUUGACUUGGGCUCUUCUGUUUUCUCUUGUUUUCUUUAUCAUGCUGCAGAUGAAUUAUCUCAACAAAUCUCUAGAUUUGUUCAACACCAGCAUUGUUACUCCAAUCUACUACGUAUUUUUUACAACAUUUGUGAUAAUAGCGUCAGCCAUUUUAUUCAAAGAAUGGUCAAAAAUGAGUUUUGAAGAUGUUCUAGGCUGCCUGUGUGGAUUUAUGACUAUUAUCAUUGCCAUAUUCUUAUUGAAUGCCUUUAAAGACUUGGACGUUAGUUACAGCGACGUACGGCAAAUAUUUAGACCGAAAAAAGAAAUUUCAUCUCUCAACAGCUCAAGGAAGAGUAUUGAUUCAUUAGAUGAGCGUGGACAAAUCCGAUAUGAUGUGGAACGUAACUACGGCAGUAGUAUCACUCGUUCUAUGUGACGGUUUACCGACUAAAAAGCUUACAAGCUUAUUACAUGUCUAAGCUGCUGCUGAAAAUUUGUUUAAAAAAGUUUUAUCACAUACGUAUAUUCUAGUCAAUUGGAUAAAUAUAUAUACACAUAUAUUCCGACUAUUUGAAGUCUACGCAUUUUUUACCGCAAUAUAUACAAAUGUAACAUAUACACAUGAGAUAAAAUGUGUUCAUCAUUUAUAUUUAUGUAAAUGUAUAUAAAAAUGAAAUUUGUAUAAGACUGUUGUUUCCA